ACAAAGUAAAAUGGCGUUAAACAGAACUACGAAGUAAAAACAAAUAGUAUUUUUUGCAGUAACAUCGCGUUAAUAUUGCAUAUUUUAGCAAUCCCUCAUAUGCCUCAUUUCCAACAAUGCUUGAUCUUGAGGUAGUACCCGAAAGAUCACUCGGAAACGAGCAAUGGGAGUUUAUUUUGGGUAUGCCAUUCUAUCAAGCAGUAAACAUAUUAAGGCGCCAUGACAGAGUUAUCAAGGGUGUGCAAACAUGGUACAGCAAUCAGGGACCACUCAUCAUGGAUCUGGUGAUCUACUUGUCUCAGGACGGUAUCCGGCUCAUCUUUGACCCAGUCUCACAGCGGCUCAAGAUAAUCGAAGUGAGCAAUAUGAGUAAAGUGAAGUUAAAAUACUGUGGAGUCCAUUUCAACACCAGCACCAUACAGCCCACUAUAGAACAAAUCGACCAGUCAUUUGGGGCUACACAUCCUGGAGUUUACAACUCUGAAAAACAGUUGUUUGUGUUGAACUUCCGUGGGCUGUCGUUUGAUUUUCCAAUUGAAUCCAAAUUUGAGCCACGAUACGCUCAUGGCCUGGGCUCGCUGCAAUUCCCCACUGGUGCAUCUCCAAUCGUGUCCAGAAUGUGCAUUUACUCUGGCAAUAGUCUUUUGGAGACUAGGGCUCCACCUUUGCCAAUCACUUGUUUCCAUGGCAACUGCUAUGUGGACUGCCUAGAGGUGAUACGCGACAGCAAGUGUACCAAGGCACUCAAGUUCAUUUUGUUCACAGAAGGAACUGAACCGGGAAAGUUGUUGGAUCCUAGAAAAAAGACAGUUGAACGACUGGUACACUUUGGAGAUUCACCAAAUGAUGUGAUCAGUGCCUUAGGCUGCCCAGAGAAGGUCUACUACAAGUCCAACGACAAGAUGAAGAUUCACACUCCCGACCCCCAGCGGCGCGUGCGCACAUCUUCAGACUAUUUCUAUAACUACUUCACUAUGGGAGUGGAUGUGCUGUUUGAUGCUAAUACUCAUGAGGUGAAGAAAUUCUUGCUGCACACAAACUACCCAGGCCAUUUCAACUUUAAUAUGUAUUGCCGGUGCGAGUUUAAGAUUCCAGUUAUCAUAGAGCGAGAGAAACCACAACCGCUAGCCCAGACGGGUGAAACAGAGGAAGAAGAGGUGAUUAUUACAGCAUAUUCCAAGUGGGACAGUGUCCAGAAGUUGUUGGUCAAGCCAGACAAUCGCCCGGUGAUAUUGAACCGGGCCUCAACUACAAACACCAGCAACCCAUUUGGACUGACCUUCUGCUAUAGCGUGCAGGACAUGAUCUUUGAGGUGAUGCAAAACCAGCAUAUAGCGUCAGUUGCCAUAUAUCAGAACAGACCUACAGUCCCUGUUGCCGUUUCCUGACCCUGGCCUGUUGCUAGGUUACCCACUGCCAUGCACCAAUAGGAACGCAGAAUGCUAGUCAUGUGACCCACUGCAAACAAAGCUCUUAUGCUGCCUUGAAUUCCUCGAUAAUAGAAAAAUGUAGAAAAAAUGGCCAAGAUUUAGACAAAGAUUGGGUUUUAAAAUGUGUAUACAGGUGUGUCUAUGAGCUAUAAUGUUCUAGACAACCAUUUGAGUGAAUUUUAUGUGAUCUUCGAUUUUUGUUGAGACCAGAUUUUUACAGGAAAAAAAACACAGUUUAUAAUGUGUCACAUUAUAUCAAGCUUGAAAAUUACCCUCUUUGCUGUUAUAAUAAUUGCCACAUCCUGGUAAAUUGUUACCAUGAUAUUGGCAUGGACUUCAGUUACUAGUAGUUAAGUGAUUGGUGUUGCUUGAAAGAUGGCUAUUUUGCAUUUGUGAUUGUUGGUUGUACAGUUUACAAAGAUUAGUGUUGCUUGUAUAUUGUUAUAUGAAUUCAUCGCAAAAAUGUUUGUGCUGAAACCAUUAAGUUUUCAUACAAGAACAUAAAACAGGAUGUGAAAACACUUGCUCAUAUCUGCAUAUAAUGACCGCUAUAUAUUCAAACAGUAUACUGGAGAGAGAAAACAUUUACUACAGCCAUCAUAUAAAACAGUUCAGCAAUGUUUAUAAAAAUGUGUAAAUUGUAUUUGAGUAAUGUAAUUGUGAUGUCUUUUUGUGGGUUUUAUUUUUUGACGACUCAAUCUAGAUCUCAUGUAUUUCGGGAGAAAAAACAUAUUCAUUGACUUGAUUGUGUUUAUGCAAAUUCUGUUUCUGGUAGUUGUAUAGACAUUGCUCUUUUAAUUAUUAGAAUGAUUGUUAUCCUUAUAUGUAAGGACCUAAUACUAGUAUACCUGAGCCGCUCUCUGUGAAAAGGGGGUUUAAUGUAAGUGCAUAAAGUGUCGGACUGCACAGGCUUAUCAGGGAUGACAAUUUCUGUCUUAACUGGAUUUUUGCUAAAAAGAGACUUUGAACAGUAAAAUGAAAGUGAAAAGUGACAUCCCUGAUUAGCCUGUGCAGUCUGCACAGGCUAAUCUAGGCGGACACUUUAUGCACAUGUAUUAAACCCCCUUUUCACAGAGCGAUGCUCAUUUGUUUUGUUUUCUGCCUGACACAAUAAGGCUACAUUUCCUUAAACAAGUUUCAGUGUUUGUGAUCAUAUGCUUAAGCCUCACUCUUAGGAAAAUGGGGCUUUAUGCAUGUGCAGAAAGUUUUGUCCUUAAUCAGCCGGUGCAGUCUGCACAGGCUAAUCAGGGACAAUACUUCCGCCCUGACUUAAUUUUUGUUUAGAAGAGACUUCCUUUCAAACUAAAAAUUAUGUAAAAGCAUUAAAUAUGAACUGCACAGGCUAAUCAGGGAAGCCACUCAAGCAUAUGCAUUAAGACCCGUUUUCCCAGAGCGCUACUCAGUUAUAGUAAGCAGCAUUUCUUUGCAUUAUUUUCCCAUCAUUUAUAAAUUGUAGGAUUUUGUACGAGUUUUAAACAUGUUUAUUUAAGUUAAUAUUAAAGAAUUAUAUAUCUGAAUAGAUCUUUUAUGCAUACAAUUUAAAUAUGGAUACAAAUAAAGCAAGUAUUUAUAUCUCUCUGUCAACAAACCUACAAAAAACAGAAUAUGAUUAAAUUUUCAUUAAAAUGAUUUUAUGUCUGCAUUUUUUUAUGCUUUAAGCUGUUUUUUUUUUAUAUGUGUUGUUCGUUUGCAAAAGUAGAGUAAGUCUGAUCAAUGGUUUAAAGGAGCCAUCUGCAAUAUACAACUUUUGUUUUUUAGCUCACCUGAUUGCUCAGGUGAGCUUUUGUGACCGGUCUUUGUCCGUCGUAUGUCCGUCUGUCUGUCCGUUAACAUUUGCUCGUAAACACUCUAGAGGCCACAUUUCUUGUCCCAUCUUCAUGAAACUUGGUCAGAAGCUUUGUCCCAAUAAAAUCUCGACUGAGUUCGAAACUGGGUUGUGCCGGGUCAAAAACUAGGUCACUAGGUCCAAAAAAAGAAAAACCUUGUAAACACUGUAGAAAGCACAUUUCAUGCCCAAUCUUCAUGAUACUUUGUCAAAAUGUUUGUCUUAAUGAUAUCUUGGUUGAGUUCAAAAGUGGUUCCGAUCCGUUGAAAAACAUGGCCGCCAGUGGGCGGGGCAGUUUUCCUUAUUUGGCUUUAGAGAAACCUUGUAAACACUCUAGAAGUCACAAUUUUUGCCCAAUCAUCAUGAAAGUUGGUCAAAACAUUGAUUCAAUUGAUGUCUCUGACGAGUUCAAAAAUGGUUGAGAUCGGUGAAAAAACAUGGCCGCCAGUGGGCGGGGCAUUUUUCUCUAUAUGUAUAUAGUUGCAGUUAUCCCUCUUUGGCUAUAGAGAAACCUUGAAAACACUCUAGAAGUCACAAUUUUGCCCAAUCAUCAUGAAAGUUGGUCAAAACAUUGGUUUUAUUGAUAUCUCGGACGAGUUUGAAAAUGGUCCGGAUAUGUGAAAAAACAUGGCCGACAGUGGGCGGGCCAUUUUUCUCUAUAUGAAUAAAGUGAAAACAUGUGAACACAGUAGAAGUCACAUUUUUGGCCCAAUUUUCAUGAAAUUUGCUCAGAACAUUUGUUUCCUUGAUAUGAGAGUUGAGUUCAAAAAUGGUUACAGUCAGUUGAAUAACAUGGCUGCUAGGAGGGGGGCAGUUUUCUAAUUAUGCCCCCCCCGCCCCCCCUUUCGAAGAAAAGGGGGUAUAUUGUUUUGCUCAUGUCGGUCUGUUCGUCCACCAGAUGGUUUCCAGAUGAUAACUCAAGAGCGUUUAUGCCAAGGAUCAUGAAACUUCAUAGAUACAUUGAUCAUGACUCGCAGAUGACCCCUAUUGAUUUUCAGGUCACUAGGUCAAAGGUCAAGGUCAAGAUGACCGGAAAUAGUAAAAUGGUUUCCGGAUGAUAACUCAAGAACACUUAUACCUAGGAUCAUGAAACUUCAUAGAUACAUUGAUCAUGACUCGCAGAUGACCCUAUUGAUUUUCAGGUCACUAGGUCAAUAAUCAAGGUCACGGUGACCCAAAGCAGUAAAAUGGUUUGCGGAUGAUAACUCAAGAAUGCUUAUGCCUAGGAUCAUGAAACUUCAUAGAUACAUUGAUCAUGACUCGCAGAUAAACCCUAUUGAUUUUCAGGUCACUAGGUCAAAGGUCAAGGUCACGAUGACCCGAAAUAGUAAAAUGGUUUCCGGAUGAUAACUCAAGAACGCUUUGGCCUAGGAUCUUGAAUCUUCAUAGGUACAUUGAUCAUAACUCGUAGAUGACCCCUAUUGAUUUUCAGGUCACUAGGUCAAAGGUCAAGGUCACGGUGACCCGAAUUAGUAAAAUGGUUUCCAGAUGAUUACUCAAGAACGCUUAUGUCUAGGAUCAUGAAACUUCAUAGGUACAUUGAUCGUGACUCUAAGAUGACCCCUAUUAAUUUUCAGGUCACGAGGUCAAAGUUCAAGGUCAUGAUGACCCGAAAUAGUAAAAUGGUUUCCAGAUGAUAACUCAAGAACGCUUAGGCCUAGGAUCAUGAAACUUUAUAGGUACAAUGAUCAUGACUCGCAGAUGACCCCUAUUGAUUUUUAGGUCACUAGGUCAAAGGUCAAGGUCACGGUGACCUGAAAUAGUAAAAUGGUUUCUGGAUGAUAACUCAAGAACGCUUAUGCCUAGGUUCAUGAAACUUUAUAUUGAUCAUGACUAGCAGAUGACCCCUAUUGAUUAUCAGGUCACUAGGUCAAAGGUCAAGGUCACAGUGCCAAAAACCGUAUUCACACAAUGGCUGUCAAGGUCACGGUGACUCAACCUAGAAAAAACGGUUUCUGGAUGAUAACUCAAGAAUGCUGACGCCUAGGAUCAUGAAACUUCAUAGCUACAUUGAUCAUGACUCGCAGAUGAAAUAAUGAUGAAACUUGACCAGGAUGUUUGUCUGGACAAAAUCUAGGUCAAGUUUGACAUUUGGUUAAGAUUAAAUGUACCGAUUCCUCUCAGGUGAGCGAACUAGGGCCAUCUUGGCCCUCUUGUUGUUAUGGUAGCACUGAAAUCAUUUAUUUUUUGCUUGAAUGCUUUACGAUUGAAAAAGACCAGGAUGGUUAGCUCAGUUGGUCCAGUAAUAUAAGACAAAUCCAUGGAGUUUGGUUUUGAUCCCUUGCUCAGUAACGUAACUUUUGGGGAUCAUGAACGUUUUUCUGCAUGCUCCCCCUACCUGUGAAUCAAGUAUGGAAGUUGUCACUUACUUGUAGAAGUGUGGUAGCCAAGAUUUGGCAAAUCAGCUAUCCCAGGAAAAGUGAGUUGGUAAUAUUAGUAUGAUAUGCAUAAUGUUGAAAAAAAGCAAAACAACCCCACUAAAAAAACUAUAAAAUUGUGUAAAGUAAUUAAUUGCUGUGAUUGCUUUAUGUUUUGAUAAAAUGAUGGGACGUUACUGGUAUAUGAGAACAUAUUUUUAAUUAAUAUGUAGUAAAGGAUUAAGGGAAUCUAAAUGGCAUUAAAAUGAUGGUAUAAGAAAUAUUUUUAAAAUUAUAAGAACACUCUAAAGUAAAUUGGAAAGUCAUGUCAAGAAUUGAUCAUUGAUUAAAUACAUCAAUUUUGAUUGUCAAAUAAUUCAAUGUUAAUGAAAAAUCUAUAGAAAUUAGCCACUGAUGCGCACCAUAUAAUCUUACUUAUUCAAGAGACAAAAUAACUAAACCACUAGAUCAAAAUCUGACACAAUUCAUGGUCAAAGGUCAAAUUUAAGUGUUAUAAAUUUCCUUUAAAAAAAUGAUCAGCAUUUUGUGACAUAGUAUAGCAUGUAAAAAGCACCAUAACCAAGUCCCAUGGUAAAGUUCAAAGAUAAAAUAUGAGAAAAAACAAUUAAGACUUUCCUAAAAUACUUUUUACUGACAGGCGUAUCCAUUGACAAUGGCACUCUUGUUUUUAAUCUUAUUAGAAAAAUUAUUUUCUAUCAUGAUUUACAUUUUAUUGCACACAUUAUAAAUGUUAUAAUUAUUGAAUAUUUUAUUUUGAAAUAAGUUUUAUUUACCUGUAUUAGUUUUUUGUUUUCAAUUGUUCAGUUUUAACUUUUUUAAAAUUCAUUCCAGAGAUGGUAUUGUUUUGUUUAUACAGGGUGUACUGUGUAAACCUUACUAAAAUAUUAUCACAUGUUAUUUCCAUUUUUGCAUGAACACAAAUCAUUAGUAACAGAGGUAAUUUGGAAUGAACAUUUGUAAAUGCUUGAAGGCUCCGUUAUCAUGUGAAGUAUGAAACAGUUAGUCCACAGAAUUAUUCUCCACCUUUUGGUGCGUGUCUGGGUGUGAAUUGAAACAUAUUUUACCAUUAGAUAGUGUUGUAGUUUAUGGAUGGAAUUUUAUGUAUAUACAUAUGUAAUUUUAAAUGUUUCUUAACAAAUUUAAGCGUUUUAAAAUGCAUAAAGAAGAUGUUAAUGUUUUGUGUUCCUGAUAUGUCAUUGUCGAAAAAUGUGUGAGAGAGUGAAUUGCAAGUACAUGUAUAAUGCCAGGAUACUUGUAAGAAUAUUAAGAAUCGUAUAUUAUUAUAACCUACAAACAUGCCUCAAGGUUACUGUCACAUAGAAGUGUUGUUUUAAACAUGGAAGGUAUGCAUGUCGUAAGCGUCAGAGUUUUUAUGGCUGCACCAAUACUAUUUAAAGCUUUUUAAAGAGACCUGUUCAUAGUUUUGCAAAAUGACCAUUUAAAAAUUAAUAAAUGUGUGCACACAUCCCAAAUGUAACCAUGACAAUUGUCUUGUACACUGGGUAUGUUUCUUUUUUGUUUGUGUAAGAGUAUUAUUUUUACAUUUUAACAGUUUUUGCUUACUGGACAUUCACAUUUGUUUUCUUAACAAAGUCUUGUUUUAUGACAGUAAAUUAAGUCAGAGUAAAUUUUGUAGAGUGAAAGCUAAAUAGAAAUAUAUCUCCUGCUGAAGGGAGGAAUAUUAAUGAACUAAUUUACUUUUAGUGUUUGUGUAUUACUAAUAAAUUUAUCUUAAAAACUUUUAUAAGAUGAUGCAUAUGGCCUGCGACUUUCAAAAAUGUGUAUUUCGCCAUAUGUGGCAUGUGUAGCUAUAGAUCAGCCUGUGCAAUCCAGCUGUGUAGUCAGGAGUUACCCUGUCAGUCUUGUACAGUUGUAUCAGCUGUAUGCACAUUGUUUGUAAAGGUGGCAAAUGUUGAUCAGUAUGUCAUCCGUUUUUUCAAACAUGCGUUUUUAGCUUUCACAUUUUAAUUUUUAUUGAUCACAAGCCACCUGAGACUGUUGGUGCAUUGUGUAUUGGAGUAUGGGAUAAUGGAUGCUAUCUCAAAUUAUAACUGUGUUGUUGGUUUUGAUGUCAGCAUCUAACAUGCUGUGACUGAAACAAAGUGACACAGUGAAAAAAUGAUAUUACCAGUUUACUGUUGUUGAUAAAAUGUUCAUAUAUUAUGAUUAUUCAUAUUGUGAUAUUUUUAUUGGAAAACAUUUCAAAUUUGUUAUAUGAAUGCAUUCAAUAUAAAUUAUACACAUUUAUGUGUAUACUGAUUGUCUUGCCCUUUGUAUUUUCAUGUGAGGGUCUGAUUUUAACUUAUUGUGAUGUAUCCAUUUUAACAUAAAGAAAAAUAAAACUUUUUAAAUUUUA